CUCGCCACAACCCACCCUCGCCAUUUUCUACUCAUAUUUAUAUUGUAUUUAUAUUUAAGCAGCAAAUUUAGCAAAACUGAAGUGAGAAUAUCGUACAUGACUAAAUCGUUUUAUAUAAAUUUAUAUAUAAUUAAGUUUAAAGUAUGAAACAAACAGCAGGUCAGACUGUGGACAACGUCAGCGUCAGCUCCAAGUCUCACAUUUGUUUUGGCUGCAGUUCCACUGUUGACCAGCAGCAGCUUCAGACACAGAAACCACCAAAUUCUUUCAUACAUUUUUUUUUUUACCCAGGAUUCAUUUUGAUGUCGAUCAAAGUUUAAAAAAAAUUUUAAAAAAGAAAUAAAAGUAAAGCAGAAUUUUUAGUUACCCAGAGGUCGUCGACAGGUCACAGGGAAGAAUAUCAUUUUUUCGAUGUGUUUUCAGAUCUUGACUUGAUCCGUUGGAUUUCAGCCAGAUACAAAUUUAAAAAGUGAGUGUGACGUCUGUUUGUUGUUACACACCGCUAACAACAGUCAUUAACAUUUUUAUUACUCCUCACCUCCACUAGUUGGCUAGCUUCUUUUAUAAUGUAUUACUAACAAUGCUGCCACCUGUGGUUAAAUAUUUUUACAUCACAACACAUUUUCACAAGUGUCCCUGAUCAGGCCGCGCCCCAGAUGUUUACACUCGUCAACGUGUACUUUUAUAUGUGCAUGUGUGUGUGUGUGUGAGUGUGUGUCGAGACCGUGGAAACCUGGCUGCGGGCCAGAGAAAGAGCCAAUCAGCGAGCGCACUGUGUGUCAGGAAGUACUCUCGACCUCUCUGACGUCAUCCCAGGAUCGUCUAGGAACUCACCUGCGCCGAACCGCAGGGAGGACCAACACCUGCCGAACACCUGGACGGAACAGACCGGAGGACCGGCCGGAGAAACACCGGAAAAAAAGUUUGAGGAGAACCGGAGAGUCUCCUCCAGAGCCGAGCUUUACCGAAACCCACCUCCCCUCCCUCCCCCCUCCGUCCCUUCCUCCCUCCCUCUCGGCUCCGCCGCUGCUGCUGCCGCCCAGCGACAUGGUGCGGACAACAAGUGUUCACCUGCUGCCGUAGACCCUGGAGGAUUAUCAUGGAAACUGUUGCGGUUCUGAUGCGGUUCUGAUCCUCGAGUUAAUGGGACAUAGAACAGCGCCGUAAAACGAGAGAGAAGCUCGAAAAGAUGUCGGUGAACGAACUGUAUACAAAGUACACCCGGGUCUGGAUCCCUGACCCUGAGGAUGUGUGGAAGGCUGCGGAGAUCACCAAGGACUACCAGGAGGGGGGGCCGGUUCUUCACCUCAUGCUGGAAGAUGAGACGCCUCUGGAGUACCCCGUGGGUCCGAAGACUAACCCCCUUCCUUUCCUCCGUAACCCCGACAUCCUGGUGGGGGAGAACGACCUCACUGCUCUCAGUUACCUCCAUGAACCCGCGGUGCUGCACAACCUCAAAGUUCGCUUCCUGGAGUCCAACCACAUCUACACGUACUGUGGUCAGUCUGUCGUCCGACCGUUGUUAUCGGAACACGUUAGCAUAAAUAAUUAUGUAAUAUCUGUACAAAAAGUUAUCGUUUAUUUUGUUCCUCUGAUAAUGAAAACCCCAUAAUGCCUGGGAUUGGGC